UCUGUGCAAAGCAGGGAUUAGCAGGACAUGAGUGAGCUUAGCCCUGAUGCGGUGACCUGGGCCGUAGUCCUGGGAGUGGCCUCUUCACGCCCCACCUCGCGGCGUCACAGCCUCCCGGGACGGACUCCCUGGCGCCCCCAGUCGCCCGCAGCCGCCGGAUGAUCCCCUACUCCCGUCUCUCUCCCACAGUCAGCCUGGCUGAGGAUGGAGCCCGCCCCGGGCCUCCUGGAGCAGCCCCAGCGCACGGAGGCCGGGAGCCCGCAGCCUGAGCCCACACCGUGGCAGGCCCUCCCAGUCCUGUCUGAGCAGCAGGCGGGGGACGUGGAGCUGGUGCUGGCCUACGCCGCGCCCAUCCUGGACAAGCGCCAGACCUCUCGCCUCCUGAAGGAGGUGUCGGCCCUGCACCCACUCCCGGCCCAGCCUCACCUCAAGCGGGUGCGGCCCAGCCGCGACGCCAGCAGCCCCCACGCCCUGGAGAUGCUGCUCUGUCUGGCCGGGCCGGCCUCCGGCCCACGCUCGCUGGCCGAGCUCCUCCCACGGCCGGCCGUGGACCCCCGUGGCCUGGGGCAGCCCUUCCUGGUGCCCGUGCCCGCCCGGCCGCCUCUGACCAGGAGCCAGUUCGAGGAGGCCCGCGCCCACUGGCCCACGUCCUUCCACGAGGACAAGCAGGUGACCAGCGCCCUGGCCGGGCGGCUCUUCUCCACGCAGGAGCGCGCCGCCAUGCAGAGCCACAUGGAGCGGGCGGUGCGGGCGGCCCGGUGGGCGGCGGCACGGGGCCUGCGGGCUGUGGGGGCCGUGGUGGUGGACCCGGCCUCGGACCACGUGCUGGCCACCGCCCACGACUGCAGCAGCACCGCCAGCCCUCUCCUGCACGCCAUCAUGGUGUGCGUGGACCUCGUGGCGCACGGCCAGGGCCGCGGCACCUACGACUUCGCGCCCUUCCCCGCCUGCUCCUUCGCCCCGGCCACCGUCCCCUACGGCGUCCGCGCAGGCGCCGUGCGCAAACUGGACACAGACGAGGACGGCCUCCCCUAUGUGUGCACCGGCUAUGACCUGUAUGUGACCCGCGAGCCCUGCGCCAUGUGCGCCAUGGCCCUGGUGCACUCACGCAUCCUGCGCGUCUUCUAUGGCGCGCCCUCGCCCGACGGCGCCCUGGGCACCCGUUUCCGCAUCCACGCGCGGCCGGACCUCAACCACCGCUUCCAGGUGUUCCGCGGCGUGCUGGAGGAGCAGUGCCUCCUGCUGGACCCCGACACGUAGGCGCUGCCCUCCUGCCUCCGGACCUUCGUGCUCCCGGCGUGGGGCGCCUCUCCUCGACCUCCUUGGCGCAAGCCUUUUCGUGGAUUUUAAGGACACACUGCCUCCAGCGGGGACCCCAGGGGCUGCCUUCCGUGUUGAGCUGCGGAGUGAGCUUUCCUGGACUCAGUCCUUGGCUCACCCCCACGCCGGCCUGUGGAGAUCUCCACGGGUGCCCUCACUGCCUUUCUGUCCCCUCUGUCUCUCCGGCCAGGAAACAGCUCUGAUGGGAAAAUAAACAGCCUGAAACCAAG